AGCGCAUCUGAGAAGUGAAAGCAGUCAUUUCUAUAUUUGACUUGACCACUGUUUGUUACUCCAUACAAAAUAACCCUGUUCCAGGGGGGUGCCGAUCAAAUCCUGAAACGGAGAAGAAAAAUCGUGACUCGUGUGCGCGGAUGACCUGCGGACACGAAUGCCGUCCAAAAAUCUAUCUCUCAAGAGAUACGGUUAAUUUUUGUUUUCUUCCCGAAACGUUUAUUUUUUCCAAGAAGUGCUCCGGACAGAAGGCCUCGACCAGAACACCUCGGUAUGGUGUUCUGGUGGCGUCGGGCAGAACCCCUUGAAGGGGUGUUCUGUUGGCUUCGGACAGAACCCUCGAAGGGGUGUUAUGUUGGCCGGACAGAAUCCUCGAAGGGGUGUUCUGUUGGCUUCGGAUAGAACCCCUCGAAGGGGUGUUCUGUUGGCUUCGGGCAAAACCGCUCAAAGGGGGUGUUCUGUUGGGGGUCUUCUGUCGCGCAAUUCUACCGUUACGAAAGUUAAUGCCCAACGUUCUUAUCUUUUAAUGUUGCGUUAAAUGGACAGUUUAUGGACGAUUCAAUGCCCAACGGACUGAUCAUUGAUGUCUAACGUUCAGGUCCAUUAACACCCCAUUUAACACACAACAAAUCCUCCUAUAAAAGGCUGGCAGGUGGUUUGCAACAAGACACAACACACAAUACAUUCCUCACGUUUUCUUGAGCUAAAAACACUUCCAGCUACUCUGCAAAUUCCUUCUGUGUUCAUACUUGGUUCUCGUUCACUGGAACGCUUGUUUAUGUGCUGAAACAUUAGUUCGUAAUCAUCGUAUCCUCGGAAACAAUUGUUGCAACGCUCCUAGCACUGUGGGAGGCAACAAAUACGUUUUAAGGACAUCGUGUGUAGCACGAGCUUUGACUAAUUCUGCUUUAUCUCCUUUCUUGUUUUUCUCUAGUCAUUUUAUUUAAUUAAUUUAUUUUAAUUAAUUUCCUUUAUUUUCCGAAACACACCCAACAAUCUUAAAACGUAUUUGAUGAUUGUUCUACUGUGGUAAACAAUCAUAAAUCGUAGUUUGUCACUUUGGUGAACGAACUUAUUUUUUGGUGUUUUCGGAAAACGUUAAGAAACGAAAAUGACUUCUCAAGAAAACGAGAUUGGUGUUGGGCAGAAUGUUCUAAAUGACAAUCACUCUGAAAGUGGAGCACUGGUGAACAAUAGUUCACAACGCGGUGCAUCUGCUUUGGCCAACCAAAGGGCUAUCCCUAUGGUGACCGUGCCAAGCAACCCUGAGAAGAAACCCGAGAAAUUCAAUGGGUUAAACUUCAAGAGGUGGCAGCAAAAGAUGCUCUUCUAUCUCACUACUCUCGGUCUUGCGAGGUUCUUGACCGAGGAUGCGCCGGUAGCAACCGGGGGUGAGGUGGAUGCGCAAUCUUUCAACGCGGUUGAGGCAUGGAAGCAUUCGGACUUCCUUUGCCGAAACUAUGUGUUCAACGGGCUGCAUGAUGCUUUGUACGAUGUAUAUAGCAAACUAGCUACGCCUAAGGAGCUAUGGAAUGCUUUGGACCACAAAUAUAAAAGCGAGGAUGCCGGCGCAAAGAAAUUUGUUGUUGGUCGAUUCCUUGAUUUUAAAAUGGUGGAUUCGAAGACGGUCUUGAGUCAAGUUGAGGAGAUGCAAAUGAUCUUCAAUGAAAUUCGAGAUGAAGGAAUGACAGUUAGUGAGUCAUUCCAAGUGGCGUCAAUUAUUCAUUUAUUGUCGCCGGCUUGGAAGGAUUUCAAGAACUACCUUAAGCAUAAGCGAAAGGAUAACCGGAAGAACGCUGGGAAACUCCCAAUUGUUCAUGGCGCCAAGGCAAACGUGGUGGAGCAUGCAAAAGGCUCCAAAACCAAGAAUAAUGGGAAGAGCAAGCUCGGUCCCAAGGGAGGCGUUUCCAAGACAAAGUUUAAUGUAAAAUGCUUCAAUUGCAACAAGAAUGGACACAAGUCCUCGGAUUGCAAGGCACCACGGAAGAAGAAGAAAGACUCCUAAGUCAACUUGGUGCGAGGUGGGCAAAAGGAUGAAGACAUCAUCCUAGCGGUUGUGGUUACGGAAGUCAACCUCAUUGGAUCCAAUUCCAAGGAGUGGUUGGUGGACACCGGUGCAACCCGGCAUAUUUGCUCAAACCGGGAGUUAUUCACAACUUUUGAGCCAUCAAAUGGUGAGAAAGUGUGGAUGGGUAACUCGGCUCAUUUUGCGGUUGAAGGCGUGGCCAAGGUGGUCCUGAAGAUGACUUCGGGCAAGGAGCUGACUCUCAACCAAGUGCUGUUCGUUCCGGAGAUACGCAAAAACCCGAUUUCGGGCUCGUUGUUGAACAAGCAUGACUUCCGUAUGGUCUUUGAGUCGGACAAACUGGUUUUGUCUAAGUCGGGAAUGUAUGUGGGCAAGGGG